UCUAGGCAGCUCUUCAAUGUGAGAGUUAAAAAUAGCCUACACCAGGAAGUGCGCCUCGUUUUGAAACUGAAACUGGACUCAUUCACACGUGUUUGGAUACUCGUUAUAAACAUUUGUAAUACACAUUAUGCGUGACACACCUUUAUCGAAUUGUGAGCGAGAAUUCAUUAGACAAGCAGUUGUACAAAAGAAGCGGAUUGAUGGAAGACAGCCAUUUGACUACAGAAGGAUCAGAAUCAAGUUUGGUACUGAUAGGGGAAGCUGCUAUGUUGAACUUGGCCAAACAAGGGUGUUUGCUCAGGUGUCCUGUGAGCUGUGUGAACCAAAGCCAACCAGGCCCUCUGACGGUGUCCUCUUCAUCAAUGUGGAGUUAUCUCCCAUGGCAUGUCCAUCAUUUGAAGGAAGGUCACAUGAAUUAGGUGUGGAGAUCAACAGACUUCUGGAGCGAUGUCUGAAGGAAUCACGUUGUGUAGACAUGGAGUCCCUCUGUAUCAUAUCAGGAGAAAAGGUGUGGCAGGUGAGAACAGACAUCCAUGUGUUAAAUCAUGAUGGAAAUAUUAUAGAUUGUGCUAGUAUAGCUGCCAUUACAGCACUUACCCACUUCAGGAGACCUGAUGUGACUGUUGAGGGCAGCAAUGUUAUAGUGCAUCCAGUGGAGGAGAAAGACCCAAUCCCCCUUAGUGUACAUCACAUGCCUAUCUGUGUGUCCUUCUCAUUCUACGAACAGGGAAAGUUUUUGUUGGUUGACCCAACAGACAAAGAAGAGAAAGUAAUGGAUGGGAAGAUGAUAAUAGGAAUGAAUAAACAUCGUGAAAUAUGCACAUUGCAAGUUACCGGACAAAUGUUGCUUCUCAAAGACCAGGUCCUACGCUGUUCCAACAUAGCAGUGGUGAAGGUGUCGGAGACAACAGAUCUCAUCCACAGGGCACUAGACAAUGACAGACAGGCCAGGGCGAAGGGUGAAAAGUUUGGAUACACUGAGUCUGUUGCCAUGGAUAACAUCACAACCAAUGAGAUGGAACCAGAGGAAGUGGAUGUAGAUGAUGUGGAGGAAAGUGUGGCCGCUUCACUUCAGACAAUCAGAGAAGCAAUGACCAUUAGCUCCAGUGAAUCAUCUGAUGUUGAAAUAUUGGAUAAGGGAGUUGGAUGUAUAGGAGAAGGGGGACCAAGUACUUGGGAGCUGGAGGAGAAGGAACUCGCAGAGGAACAAGGUCACAAGGCCAUCCCAAUGUCCAAGAAAUCCCCUCAACCAGAAGUGGUCGUGUUGGAUUCUGACAGUGAAGAGGAAGAUGUUGUUAUUAUGGAGGGUGACCAGCUACAUACGCAACCAAGGGACGCAGUUGACAGCACAAAGAAAGUUUCUUCAGUACAGUCAACAAAUACUACACGAGUGCAAACAAAAAACAAACCAAAGAAACGGAAAGGAAAACCUUGAUAUUUAUUUAAUUUGUUGCAAUAAAUUUAUGUUGAAUAUA